GGACUGAGGUCAAAGUUCGUCAUUUCUCACCCCCACACCCCCCGGUAUAUUUGCUUGACUGAUCAACUUGCAACAACCUGUCAAUAAGUGUAACACAAACUUGUCACUUUCGUCCCAUAUAAGAUCAUUUUCAUUUAAUACAAAUAUGGAAAAUAAGAACGUAAAGGUAGUUCUCGUUUAUGUAAUUAGCCUUUUAGUAUGUAUGAUAAGUUGUUAUUCAAAUUUAGAACUGUUAGAAAAACAACAAUCUGGGCAGAAAAAAUACGAAGGGCAUAAAGUAGUUCGUGUCUUUCCAAAAACAAAACAAGAUAUCGAUUUAAUCAAGUCUUUGGAAGAAGAUCCAAAUAUUGAGGUAGACUUUUGGUCAAGAACCAGAAACAUUGAUAUUCAUGUGACACCAGAAGACUAUUUUAAACUCGAAGGGUAUUUUCAAAAUUGGAAAAUCAAGAGUCAUAUAUUAAAUGAUAAUCUUCAAAAAAGUUUUGACGAAGAAGAAAAAGGAUAUUAUCGACAUAAUGAAGAAUGGCAUUCAAAUUAUCAUAAUUUUGAUGAGAUUAUGCAAAAGAUGAAUAGCUUGCACGAGUUCGGUCGAACUACGAUAGUAAAUAUUGGUAAUUCUUAUGAAGGAAAAGAGAUUCGUGGUCUUCAGAUUUCAAACGGUAAAGGAAAUAAUGACAAACAAAAAAUUGUUGUUAUUUGUGGUCUACAUGCGAGAGAGUGGAUAUCUCAUGCCACCUGUAUGUACAUUAUGGAAAAUAUGGUCAUGCAAUACGGUAAAAAUUUCAACAUAACGAAAAUGGUUGAUCGUUUUGAUUGGGUUAUUUUUCCAGUAAUGAAUCCGGACGGUUAUAUUUAUUCUUGGAAAAAGGAUCGUUUGUGGAGGAAAAAUCGUCAACCAAAUCCUAAUUCAUUAUGCAAUGGUACUGAUCUUAAUAGGAACUGGGAUUACGAAUUCGGAGGAUCUGGUUCAAGUAAAAAUCCUUGCAGUGAACUUUAUCAUGGAAAAGCUCCGUUUUCUUCUCCUGAAGUGAACGCAAUUGCAAGCUAUACUAAAAGAUUUAAGGAGAAAAUUUUUUGUUUCCUUGAUAUUCAUUCAUACAGUCAACUACUUAUGUAUCCAUGGAGUUACAGUAAAGAUGCUGAGGCCAAAGACAAGAUUGAACUGCACAACGUUGCAGUAAAAGCAGUUAAAGCAUUGACAAGUUACUAUGGAACAGACUUUGAAACAGGACCUGGUGCUGUUGUUAUAUAUGAAGCUUCGGGAUGCAGUAAAGAUUGGGCCUAUGGUUCCAUGGGAAUCAAAUAUUCUUACGUUUUUGAACUACGUGAUACUGGUAAACAUGGCUUUCUUUUACCGAAAAAAUAUAUUGUACCAACGGCCGAAGAAACACUUGCUGCUUUUCAUAGUAUUGCCAUUAAUAUGAAUGAUUAUGAAAAUAAAAUAACGGAAGCUAUAUGAGAGAUGAUGUAUAAUAAUUUUGAUGUGAAAAUACUAUAUUGAUAUUUAUAAUUAUUGGACCAAUAAAAGCUUUUCCAGCAGGACUCUGGAAUUUCGUUCAAAUUA